AUGAGUGAUCGAAAUAGAAACAAGUUGCCCACUAACUUGCCACAGUUGCAGAACUUGAUUAAAAGGGAUCCCGAUUCAUACAGAGAAGAGGUGAGUGUGCUGUUUUAGGGAUCAAUGUCGCCGUUUCUCCAUUUGCACGUGCAAAGUUGCUCUGCGGUCCUUAUGGAUUGUCAGUGAACAAAAUUACCCUUGCUUUGCUUUCAGAAUUGUUGGUAAUUUCAAGAGUUUUUUCAAUUUAACAUGGGUAAUUGAUACAGAUGUAUAUUGAUUUAACAGAGCUCCCUUAAUGCUACUGAAGGAAAAUGAAGUUUGUAUGAUUUAUUGAAUUGAUAAAAUUAACAAUAUGAUUCGUUAGGGAUGUCGUUUGUGCUUUGAAUCAGGUUCCAUUUAGGAUCAUUAUACUAGACUGUAGCAAAACUGACCUGAAACCUUGAUUUACUCAGUUUUCCAACCCUAACUUAACACAACUUAACUUCAGAGUCAUUCGGUGUUCAGCAUCCUUUCAGUGUUCUACAAAGUACCCCUGCCAGGGAAAAACGAGUCACAAAGCGUGGACUGGAUGCCAACAUCACCAUCCACUUGUGCUAAAUUUGCCUAUUUUUAGCCUGAAGGGCUGAAGUAAUUCAGCUUUCCAAUGUUCAACAAGAACAGCAGGAGCGGAUCUAGGGGGAGGGUGCAGGGGGUGUGCACCCCCCCCCAAGAUGACCUGCAGUUUUCUAAUACAACUGGUAUUCUGCAAAAAAAAAAAAACUAUGUGGUUUAUUGAUGUUGAAGUAGGGCAAGAGACGAGUGCACCCCCUCCUAAAAAAAAUCCUGUAUCCGUCCCUGAACAGUGUUCCCCUAACAAACAUAUGUUCUUGGUGGUAGUAUUGCAAAGUGUAAUGUGAGGCAAUGGUUUCUACUUUUAGUUUCUCCAGCAGUUUCGGCAUUAUGAAUCCAAUCUGCAGAUAUUUAAACUUGAUCCAUCAAAUGCAAACAAAACUCUUGGAGACUUGGUCAUGUUUAUCAGCCAGGUAAGCAAAAGUAACCUGAAAUGUCAACUUCCUGGAGCGUUAACAAAUAUUUUCAAAUAUUUAUUGUUUUAAACGUAACUUGAGAAUAUCCAUUGCGAAUAAAGAGGUAGUAUGAAACAGUGAUUUCACAUUUGUGAUAUUUUAUUGAUAAAUUCGAUGUAAGCACCUAUACAGUAUUGAUGACAUAAAAACCUUAAUUCCUAGCCAAAAUCGUCCACAUCAUCAAAUGAACUUGAUGUAAAUUGACAGGGAGUCCCUCAAUGAGCAGAAAAAGGCUUUUGAGACUUCCUGUUCAAUAUUGUAAUUGUUUCUUAAGUACUAUCAAAGUGUUGUAACGUACAAUUGAGCAAAUCAAUAAAUCAAAUCAAAUUUCCCUUGAAAUACAUGUAAACUAAUAAGGUAGUAAUGAUAUUAAUAUUAGUAAUGAAAAGAAGAAACAAUAAUAAAUUAUUAAUAUAAUGUCAUAGGGUUUAUAAACUACUGCUUAUAAGCCUUGGGCCUAUCUUUGUAGGGAGUUUUAAGAGGGCCUAGAAAAUGGAGUGGCUUAUUUAUGAGAGGGCUUACAACUCGACUAGCUAGAAAAAGCAUUUGCUGACAGGCUACAGAUAUGGCAGUGCUGAUCAAAAUACAUUUUGUAUUAGUUGGUUUUUAAUAAAGCUUCAAAACAUCACAAUGAAUCAAAUUCAUUUUAAUACAAGCUUGAGUGACUUAUAUCUGAGGGGGAAGGGGGGAGGGGGCUUAAAAUGGAUGCAUUUUUGUUGUGAAAGGGCUGAUUUUACUAACAGUGUAAGCUUCUGAAUUAAUUUUAUAGGUUUCCCACUGCUAUACUAAAGAACUAGAACAUUUUCCUCAAGAAAUAAUAGAUGUCCUUCAAAGACACCACAGUGCCAUGGAUGCAGAUCUCAGAAUGGUAACCAUCGAUAUGUAGCAAUAUUAUUAAUGUUGAAGUACAAAUUGUACAGUGCACAUAUUUUUUAAUUUUCAAGUUUCAUCAUUCCGCUGUGCAUGUGAUGGGCCACAUUAUUUAUUAACAUGGAGAAAUAUUUCAACAAUAAAUUAUUAUUGAGGUACUCUGCUAUUCUUCAUUUUCUAUCGACACACGUUUCUGAUAGAGAGUGUACAUGAGUUUCUAAGGGAAAAAUAUGUUCUAAAACUUAAUGCACCUACACUCCAUACACCUGCAAAUUAAACUCAGUGACAGAAGCAAUAUUCAAACCCAAAUGAAACAGAUUCAGUCAUUUCAGACUAUUGCACAUUAUGCUUGAUUCAGCAAACUAAUCCUAUUUCAAUGCUUUCUUAAUUUUACAGACACUCUGUAAAGCUCUUAUACUUAUUAGGAACAAGAACCUACUCUCGCCUACAAGGUAUUAUGUCUUACAAUGUCAAAAUGAUAUAUUAUCUUACCAUCUUACCAUGUGGCACUCACUUUCUGCUAGUUUUUACAUAAUUAUUUUGUAUUUAUUUUAUCUGUACCAUGCACAAAAGGAUUCCUGAAAGAAAGACUACUGCAAAUUGUUGUACAUAAAAGUUUUGAUGGUAGAUGCUCUUACAAGCUACAACCUUGAAUUAAAUAAUUACCGUAUUUAUUCGAUUAACCACCCUGGGCGCUUAUUAAAUUUUUAGAUCUUGAGAGUGGGCACUUAUUUGAGGCUGGGUGCUUAUUAAAUUUUCACCAUUUUCAGCAAAUGUAGUAUGUUUAUUUUGCAACAAAGCAAUAAAUGUUAAUAGCAAAAUGCAACACUUAGAUGUAACAAAGCAAGGUUUCUGUAAAAUACUCUGAAGAAAACUCUGUCUUUGGGGAAGCCUCUUAUUAGUACUUUAUUCAAUUUCAAUUUCAAGCCCACUCAAGUCAAUAAGUGAAUUCUCUUGUGCUGCCUUCUUGAUGUCCGACAUCGUAAUGGAGGGGUGAGGGGGGUGUAGUGGGGGUGGGCGCUUAUUCGGGGCAGCACUAAAACACGGAAUCCGGAAACGGAAACGGAAUCACGGAAACGGAAACGGAAACAGAAUACGGAAUCAAAUAUCGAUGAUAGAAAAUUAAAGAAUUUCACAAUACACAAUUUAGUACAAUCCAAAGAGAAUUUGUCUUAGUUUUCUUGGCAGUUCCCUUAAAUAUAUUCUUGUUAUUGUGUCUUGAUAAGGUUUGCCGUAGUGUGGGUUACCGCACUGCAAGGCCGAUGAAAGUAAUUUUACGAGUAAUUUUUAUUCACGAGUUCAUGGGUUGAAUAAUACAGUUAAAUAUUACUUUUGUAGCUAAUUGUCAAGAAUAGUCGAAGUUAGCCUCAGACCACACCACGUGAUUGUCCCCAAACUGAAUACUCCACACAUGACCGACCGGUGACGUGACCACAGUUCCGGUGUUUUAGCAAUAAGUUCAACUUUUUCGCCAAGCUGAAUACUGAUGGAAUACUGGUGUACCGGUAAUUGAGUUUACGUGGACGUCCGUAUUUUUGUUGAAGAGGCUUAUUAAACAUGGCGCAUUAUUUUGAUGUAAUCGGUUGCGGAAUCAAGCAAAUGCAUGCACAAUUCUCUCUUCUCUUUGGACUCCACAAUGCCAUGGUUCUCUUGAGUAAGUUGUCUUGAUAAAUAAAACUGAACACUGUUGAAGACAACCCAGAAAAGACACUGAGAAAAACUUGACGGCGACGCCUUUCAGUUAUGUAAACGACGCCUCAGACGAUUCAAACGAAGUCUGUCUCCAUAUAACUUACCUUUUUGUUAAGGCACUAGUUUUUGUCAGUCACGUUUUUCUCCUCGCUUUGCUGUCCCAUGAGAAUUUGCAUUCAUUGCCGACAGUGGUAUCAAGCGUCUUUUCACCGGAAUCGACUCCUCUAGUGACACAGCAGUCUCCUCUCCUGUACUCAGCUAAUUUAUUCAUUUGUGCCUUUUUUUUUUUCUGUUUAUUUAUUUCAUUGUCAUUGCUAAUAUUAUUUUUUUCAAAUCGAUCGCUUGGAACCUUCUUUCACAGAUUCCGUAUUCUGUUUCCGUUUCCGUUUCCGUGAUUCCGUUUCCGUUUCCGGAUUCCGGAUUCCGUGUUUUAGUGCUGCCGCUUAUUCGAGGCUGGGCGCUUAUUAACUUUUUCUGCCUUUAGGAUGGGCGCUAAUUCGAGGUUGGGCGCUUAUUCAAAUAAAUACGGUAAGAGGCAGUGCACCAAGUGUUUAGGGCACUGGACUUGCAAUUUGAAGGCUUUGAGUUCAAGGCCUACCCUAAUUGCCAGCUGGAAGUUAGGAAGUCCUUUCUGUUUUAAAGUGGAUAGUACCCACGGGAAAUCCUCGUCUCCUGGCCCUACAUUGGAUAUGUGACACCCCUGCUUUAUUAGUCGUGUUGAUUUCAAUGAUUAUUUAAUUUGUUUUUGUCCUUAUUUGCGGUCCACCUUGAAAACUCCAGCUUACCAAUAAUUAUUAAGACACCCCUACAAAGCCAUUUUUUGUAGUUUUAAAUUACUGUUAUAAUUGUGGUUAGUUUUUAGUGUUAUGAUUCUAAUUUAUUUGUACUACCUGUUAUGUUAAACUAGCAACUGUAAUUUUAUUUUAUUUUGUAAAAAAGAAGAAAAUUUUCUGAUAAGUGGUUGACUGACUUUUCUCUUCUCAUUAUCAGUCUUCUAGAACUCUUCUUUGCACUGUUCAGAUGCAAGGAUAAACUACUUAGAGAGGUUCUAUACAGUCACAUAGUCACAGAUAUCAAGAACAUAAAUGCAAAGCACAAGAACAACAAAGUCAAUACUGUAAGUCUUCAAAUGCUAACAUGAUUGUACAGACAAUUGAGUUGGCAUACAUCAUGACAGAAAUUGUCAAGUGUUAAGCUCUUCGAAAGUCAUUCUUUCUUCAAUUCUUCUAUGUUACAAGUGUAUUGCUUUACAGCAACAAGUCAUGCGUGCAGUUUCUUUUUUGUGGUUUCCCUUUAAUUAACAAGAAUUUGUAGAUUUUGUCAUCAACUGUUUUCUUCUUGUUCAUCAUCAUCACCAUCAUCAUCAUCAUCAUCAUCGUCAUUUUAACUACUUAAUACCAAGACAGAGUGUAAUGCAACUUCAUGUCUACUCAUUAUUUUUAUUUACUUUUAGACGUUGCAGAACUUUAUGUACACGAUGUUACGUGACAACAAUCCUAUAGCUGCUAAGAAAUCCCUUGAUGUAAUGGUUGAACUGUACAGAAAAAAUAUUUGGAAUGAUGGGAAAACAGUAAAUGUGAUCACAACAGCCUGUUUUUCCCCUAUAACGAAGGUAGUACAUGUACAUGUAUUACAGUUGUUAACCCAGCAACAUUUUCAUUCAUUGAAUAAGUACCAACACUUUUACAAAUAAUAGACUAAGCCCCCUUCUCUGAAUAUAGUGUCUAUUGCCUUGGCCGAACUGGUAAAUAAGGGCCCUUUCUUGUGUAAGUACUCUUCUCACAUUUCAAUCACGUUCAGAUUGUGCUAAGCAUAUCACGUACAAGGAAAUUGUCUUUUCUUACUUUAUCAGUAUAGGAGUGCAGUUUCUUUUGUGUUAUGUCAGCUCGAUAUACUUGCAGAGGUCUUUUGUCUGUAGCUUGUUCCAGUCUCUCUCUUUUGUACUUGGGACCAGGGAAAAAGAAAGGCGAGUGCAAAAAGAAUGAAAAGAAAAGAAAAAACCAACAAGGACUGCCAAAACGACAGGGUGCCCUCUCUCACGCUUUUUUAUUUACAUGUAGUUAGUUAUAUUAACUUAUUUGCUUUAUUUUAUUUUAUUUUAUUAUUUUUUUGCACUCACUUUUCUUCUCAGUUUGUCCCAAUGAAAUGUGAAAAAACUUUGUGUGCUCAUGUACCUGAAAUUCAUUUGUAGAUUGUGGUUGCAGCUCUGACAUUUUUUCUCGGACAUGAUGAAGAAGACAAAGAUAAAGAAGACAGUGAUAGUGAUCAAGAGGUUAGCAAAGUCAUUAUGCCUUUUUUUGUUUGUGUUUCUUUUCCCUGAUGAAUAAAAUUUUGUAACUGAAAAGACACCACCGCUACACCGGCAGCUCCAAUACUGCAGUGCCUUAUUUCUUGCAAAACUGAAUACUGUAAAAAAACUUCCUGUUACUGGGAUCAUCAACCAGAGAACACCCUGAGUUCUUUUGAACUUUUUUUAUGACCAUCUUUUCAAAGUGGCUAAAUGAAAUUUAGGCUAAUUAAAACUCAGUGCUGAUUGACCAGAUGUCUCUCUCAUCAGUGAUUUGUAGCCCCCUAAUCGCAUCGCAGGGGCGUUGGGUCUUUUUACAGCCAUUAUGUGAGGUCAGGUCAUUACAUUAUUUUUGGUGUUGUUGCCGAUCAUCGGUUGUGUUUUUUUUGUGAGCUCAGUGAGGUUGGGUGCCACUCUCAGGGCUGUCAAGGUUACGCAUUGCACUCAGCUGCGGUCCAUGGCUCUACCAGCCUCUCAUGCACCUCCCCCCAUGCUCAUGUCUGUGGAUGACUUAAUUAAUAAAAUGCAAAAUGUAAUGAUAUCUGAGGUACCUUUGUUCUUGUGUUACUCCAAAUCUGUUUUGCUAGCUGGACCAGUCUGCCAUUAGACGAAUGCUUCAUGCCAGUAGUGUGAACAAGAAAACAAUGAAGAAGAAACAGAAAAUUGACAAAGCAAUGGCAACUCUAAAGGUAGCUUUUUUGACUCUGUGUGUUGGUCUUCAUAACUUUCCCGCAUUUCAGUACUUCUUGCUUGCUCGGCAUGUCUUACAGACUGUAAGUACCCUUUUUUUCCUUCCCCCUUUUAACCUCUUUCCCCCAACCCUCCCCCCAAACCCAUGCAAUCUCCUUUGCCAAAAGGAGAAAAACUCCUCAUCUGAAGUGUGGGAACGCAAGGAAUCCUUUGCAUGCUGCUGUCCCUUUCAUUUACCGAACCUUGUUCCCAGGGUUUAGGGGGCGUGUAGGAGGGAAACCUGAUCUCGGCUCCGAUUCUCUUUUGUAUCAUUUUAGAGGUACAACACCCAAUAUUGAGUUAACCCUUUAAACUCUAAAAUCAAAAUUUGAAUUCUUAUUUGUUGCCUCUAUUCAUUUCCUACAGAAGUAGUGGGGAGGAGUUGAUAAAAAUUAACAUCAAGCAAAUUCAUCAUGUGUGAUCAUGUCUGUAAUUCUCAUGACAACUCUGUUUUACAUAACAUUGAUAUUACAAGGAGAAAUUUGAUGCUGAUCACUCUUAAGGGCUCAAAGGGUUAAGUCAUUUUUGUUCUCUUGUGCUGGAGCAUUGUUAGCAAUAUUAUUUUGUGCUUUUAAAUAUUAAAUAAUGUUAAAUUAUGAAUUUAUCUUUUUUAUCAGAAACAAAAGAAGAAACGCAAAAACACGUCUGCAGUUGAUUUUUCUGCUCUUCAUCUUAUCAACGAUCCUCAGGGUAAGACAACUCAAUGUGAUAGACCGUAAUAGGCCAUUUCCAAGUUGCACCAAGCCUCUGUUUCAGGGUAAGCCAAAGUGCAAAGCCAUUGAUGUGAUAAUGCAUUUUUUUUAUCCUCAUGCAAAUAAAACUCAUUUUCACAAGAAAAGUUUUGCAUUCAGCCGGGAGCUCCUGACUUAGCCUCAUUUCGAAAGUGAGCAUUAAACUCGGAAAUGGCGCGUAUGAAACAAAAAAAAAUUGGAUAAGUUAAGUUUACAACCCCAUAACAUGGUAGGUUUUUUUUCAUGAACUCAUUAUAAGUGUCUCACUGAAUUUUAAAAUUUUGGUUUUAACAGGAUUUAGUGAAAGAUUGUUUAAACAACUUGAGACCUCAACAGAAAGAUUUGAAGUUAAAGUAAUGAUGAUGGACCUCAUAUCAAGACUUGUCGGGGUUCACCAGGUCAGAUAUUUUUCUGUGCGCUCUGGUUAUUCCCACCCGCAUUAUUGCAAAUUUUAAAAUGUAAAUGUGUCUAGGGUUGUCCACAUUCUGCUGCCAUAAUUUAGGGCAUAAAAGUGAGGCAAAAGAGUCAACAACAACAACAACAACAAGCUUAUUUCAAAUUAAAUAUAGCUUACAAAGCUUGUGCCUGCAAUUAGCGAAGGCUAUUCGAGGCGGGUACAAGAGAGAAAAGAAAAUUCUAUGAAAAUAUAUAUAUAUUAAACGAACAAUCCUAGAAGCAAUCUAGUUUGUCGUGUGGUCCAGAAUUAUGCUGAAUUAAUAGUGCAACAUUUCUCUGACUCUUUGUGUUUUAUGCAAACUUUUCCAAGACCAUAGAAUUUCCAUUUGAGACACCAGCCCAUAUACAACAUUUUAAGACCAUGCCUGAUUACAAAUUAGUAAAAACAUGGCUUCGAUCGAGCUGUUUAAGUUCCACAACAUUGUCAGCUGUCUGAUUCUCAGAUGAGUCAUUUCAAUGAUUUAGCGAGAAAAAUCAUCCAAAAUGAGCAUUUUUAUAUUAAUAAUAUUAAUAUAUAGAUUUAGCAAAGGCCAAAAGCGAGGCUCUCGUGGGAUCUUUCAAGAAAUUUCUUUCUGCAGUAAUUCAACUUUUGCCAUAAGCAAGAAACAAACUGAAUUCCUCCUGAAAAAAAAAUGGACCUGAGCCUGCGAUUAAUUGAAAACCAAUAACAGUCAGCGGAUGACACGUCAUCUCAACGAGUUGUAAACCUUUUUUGACAGCUGUCAAUUGACCAUAACAAUUAUCAAGUUUAGCACAGAUUGUAUACUACUACCUUGGACUCCAAGCUAGUAAAUGUGACAUUUCACAUCCGCUAACAUAAACGGGUCGACGAACGUACGGACGAUUUUGUAAGAACCCAAAUUUCUUGGAUGCAUGGAUAACCAAAUUUUCCUACCUACGAUGCUCCGCUGCGCGCUUUCACGGAGCAUUCUAGUGAUGCUAUUUGAGCGUAAUAGUGACAUUUGUUGAGCGUAAAUGACUAGCAUAAUAGUUUGAAAGCAUAAUUAUUAGCACAUUUCAAAAAUUAUGCGUUCAACCUCGUCCCUAGGGCCUUUCCCCUCCCAUUCCCGAAGAGAAAAGCCCUGGGGACAAGGUUGUAAUGCGUCCCAUUUUGUCCAGGACCGCGCCGUUUAGAGGAUUUGCGGGAGACUGGGUCGGGUGUUCUGUCGAACUGCACUGUGGACUGUUUUGGGGACGCUAGCGCUAUUUGAUUGGAUAUUACGAGGACGCGCGGGGAAAAUGGGUCAAGAUUCCUCUCCAGAACAGUCCGGAAUAUCCCUAAAUUUAAGGACAGGGCCAACUGGUCACGCGACACUUUUCAACCAAUGAGAUGGCGCGCUUGUGUUUAUCAACAAACAAAUCAAAACAUCGCCCCAGUGAUCAAAAAUUUUCAAAACAACGGACGGAGUCGGGCAGAAUCAGUCAUCGUUUCGAGGCACUCAGGCAUAUUUUUAAGACUUUUCAUGAGGCAUACACAAUUUUUUUUAAGUGGAUAGCGUAUCGGAAGCCAUAUUGGAAGUGUCUCGUGAAAUAUUCAGCACAUUUUGUGGCUUAUUCUUCUUUUAUCUUUUAAACAACGCGAUGUAUAGGAGAGAUUUUGGUCGGCUUUCAAGGUAGGUGAACAAGUAUCUAUUAUUUUUUCGAUUCACAGAUUUUUUUACGAAGUUCUAGAUAUUUUUCCUCGAUUGUCAUAUCGAUUAACUUUUAUCGUGUUGAAUGUGGGGGUGGCAGACAACCUAGAAUUUUGGUAGACAAUUUUUGAAUUCCGAGGUCCAAAACACGUACGUUUUCCACUCCCGGGUUUCUCCCAAAAGCCGUGUUAUUACUUUUUUUCGCAUUAGUACAAGCCUUUGCCUUUUUUUUCAAGGCCAAAACAACUUUAUUAGUCUUAUGGAUAUUCACGUCCAACAUCUCGCCUCACUUUGCCGAAUUUGCGGGGAUGAAAUUGAAGAUCAUAAGCGCAAGGUAGAUACUAACCGCUUUGUUUCUGAAAUUCACUAAUCUGGAAAGAUUUAAUGUUGUUGGAUUCUCCAAAUGUUCAUCCGCCGUUAAAAAACAAUCAAAGAAACAAGGCAAAUCUCAAUUGUAAAGGCUGUAUUUCGCUACUCAUUGAACAUGCACUGAUUAUCUGGGAUAAAAUUAAAACAUUGCAGGUACUACAGCAAGCAAAGAAAGCACCAGAUGCGUGAAGUCAACACGAAACAACACAAAAAAACAAACAAGAAAAAUUAAUAAAUUUGAACUACUUUCUAUUCUUGUUAUGAUGACUGGUUCUUUGAUUCUUGUCCUGUAGAAGUUAAUAGGUAGUACCAAUGCUGUUUUGUACGAUCGCAACAAAUUUUCACACUCUCUCUAAGGCUAAAUUUACACGGGACGAGUUUGCUUCUAUCAAAAAUCUUGCAAGCCAUGCCAGUGAAGCCACGACCUCUGCGAUCGGUCCGGAAUCAGUUCGCAUUCCUUGCAAUGAUUAAUGCUCUUAUUCUCUUACAUGACAUGUUUUCUUUGAAAUAUUAAAUGUGAAACCUAGACGAGUACUGUAAGCUCAUCUUUAAUUCUGUCCGACUCCGUCCGUUGUUUUGAAAAUUUUUGAUCACUGGGGCGAUGUUUUGAUUUGUUUGUUGAUAAACACAAGCGCGCCAUCUCAUUGGUUAAAAAGUGGCGCCUGACCAGUUGGCCCUGUCCUUAAAUUUAGGGAUAUUCCGGACUGCAGAACAGUCCCCACAACAACGACCAAUCCCACUUUCAACCACAACCGCGCGAAAUGGCCAAGUCAGGCAGCAUACUCUCCCAGGGUCAUAGAAGUGGGCUAUGAAGCCCUGUUUUCAUAUGAUUUCUAUCGAAUUGUUGCGAUCGCCGAAUAAGGUCGAGCGAUCCGGACGAUCGAUAUUAGCGGCCAUACGGAAAAUAGCCUUUUCUGCUCAGCCAUCUUGGCAAUGAACUAUCCGAUUGUGGAAGAGUUGUUCAUAUACAACAAGUGCGACUGCUAAUCAAUUGCAGUGAUUUUAGCGAUCGUACACAUAUUUUCCCAGUAAUGUCCACGCCUUCUGUCAAAAUCAUCCACAACAAAUUCUAACGAAAAUAAUCAUCCCCUUCACAGGAAAUUAAUUUUUUCUGUUCGUUCCACAGCUUUUCUUGUUCAAUCUGUAUCCUUUCAUCCAAAGAUACCUGCAGCCGCAUCAACGAGGUAAGAACUUGUGUUUCUCUUAUUACAUUUUUGUGGGGGAGUUUAUGGACAAGGGCAGGUACUUUUUCCUCCACGUUUUUGCGAAUGGUCAAAUAAAUCUAAGGCAGUUAGUAUUUUUUUUUCUUGGAACAGCUUUAGUAUCGUUUUCUUAAUGAUACUUAACUGUAACUUUGGUGUCUUGAUCGAAGAGCAAAGGAAAACAAAUACAAACUGCGUGGACUGGACCACGUGGCCAACUAAUCAAUUCACCUUAAAGUUUGCAAACGUCAGUGAACUCGAAUCGACUCCAGACGUCUCUUUGUCUGUUAUCACUGUUACGCAAUAGCACGUUCUCUUGAGGAAUCAACUGUCCCCGGGCGCAUCUCCUACGCGUUACCCAUUUUAAUAUUCAAGAGAGAUACGGACACCUUCGGGAUCGGCUCUGACUGUCCAUCUUAGAAAGGUGUCCGGCUUAUAGAGAGUCGAGGUAACGUGACACCAGUAACUUUUCGCAAUGAAUACACGUCUGCUUAACUUGAACGACACAGCUAAAACUGGAACAUUGUAACAGAAAAGUGGAAUUAUUUUCUCAUUGUGCAGUCAAACGUUUACUAUAAGCAAACGUUCACUGCUUCGUGGUCCAAAAGUGUAACGGUAUACACCCAGCGAACUGGAGCAAGACUACAAAGUAUCAAACAUUUUGCAAUUUACUGUCAUGUAGAACGCCUACAUUUCCGUUUUGAGGUAUUUUCACCUCAUAAAGCACUUCCCAAUUGUCCGUUGACGGUUUCAAAAGUGUCCGUUGUCCGUCUUAGAGAGGUUUCCGCGUUAUGGAGAGUAUAAAUACAGUAAAAUGACUGAAAAACGGCAGGGACUAACACCGAGUGUCCGUUAACCCUUUAAGCCGCGAUAUCCACUUAUAAAUUCUCCAAACUGAUCUCCAUACAUUUCCUUGAAGAAUUAGUUGAGAAAAUUUGAUCAAUGAUCAAAGCAUUUUCUCUUUAAUGAUCAUUUUACUGACUCUCAUAACCAUUUCUCUUGGCAACAUUAUUGUUGGGAGAAAGUUGAUGUUGGUCACUGCAGAGAGUUAACUGUACACGAGAGGACUGCAUAUAAGUCAGUCACUGAACUGGUAUUUCAGUUUCCUUUUUUCACCCUUUUCCUAAAUUGUGUGAGUAGUAACGUGAAAUGGUCUGUUAGUAACGAUUUUCUUUUGUUUCUCGGUCCAUCAGAGGUCACUAAACUGCUGACAUAUUUUGCUCAAGCGUGCCAUGAGCUUGUUCCUCCAGAGGUUUGUAAAUCCUUAAUUUCAUAUCCAGGUUCAGUGAGUUCUGGAACGACUGUUCCUUCACAUUCGGGGUAGGAUUCUACCCCUUAAAAAUCAAUUGUAAAUAGAUGUUCCUGUUUUUUUUUCAGGUCAUUGAAUCAGGUCUCAAAGCAAUUGUAAAUAAUUUUGUGACAGAAAGAAACUCCAAUGAAGUUAUGGCUGUUGGGUAAGGAUCAUAAAUUAGUGUCUCCUGGUUAUUACAAAGGUAUUUGCUAGAAAGUGUCUCUUUUAUGUCCAUGUUGUAGGAUUUCUCAAGAGCAUUUUUGCAAGGGAUGUUACAUGUAUUCCUGUUCUUUUGGCGCUAAUUUCAUAGUACUCCAUACACGCAGCAGUCACCAUUAGGUAUUCAAUUAUCCAGUCAUCUCACUUUUUAUAUGGCUGUGAUGAAAUUAAUUUCAUCUUAGGAUUGAUACGGCGAAAGCUGAGUUGCAUGGAGAAUUUAAGACGGACUUAUCAGCGCAUUAAUGGCCUUCGGUUAUGAAAUCUAGGGUCUAGCCCGUUUGUAAUACUUAAUCCUUUAAACCAUUCUCGUUUAUUGCCCCUAUUCAUUUCCUACAGAAGUAGUGGGGAGAAUUUGAUAAAAUAUCAAGCAAAUUCAUCUUGUGUGAUCAUGUCCGUAAUUCUCAUGACCGCUUUGUUUUACAAAGGACUGCUAUUUACAAGGAGAAAUUUGAUGUUGAUCACUCUUAGGGCAUAAAGGGUUAAAUCUUAGCCCGUCUAACCUGCGUAGCUGGCGGAAUUGUUUUUGCGCGCGUGAGAGUUUUUGGCAGCAAAGCUACGAGAGGCGUCUCCUCCCCAUUCUCCGUGCGGCUUCACAGCUCAAACGAUCCUGCCGGCUUCACAGGCUAUUCAUCAUGUAACCGGCCCCUGAAUCGAAGCCAAAUGACGUGAUUUGUUUUGUUUGUAGUUUAAACGCUGUUCGCGAAGUCUGUGCAAGAUGUCCUCUAGUGAUGACCGAUGAGCUACUACAGGAUUUAGCGCAGUAUAAGACUUCUAAGGAUAAAAGUAAGUGUGUUUUGAACUAUUCUCAAUUCCCAGAAAUAAACCAAGGAUAUUUUCAUAACAAUAGAUAGCCCACAAUUGUAAGCGUUGUAUAUAUUACCACCAUUCUUGUUGUUGCGUGUAUUUGUCUAAAAACAUCUCAGAGGGCGGUCAGCGACCGACCCUCCCAGCCCCCUUGUAUGACGCGGUACAUAGAUUGUUCACAGUCCCCUAUUUGUCCAUGAGAUCGUCGAGAUCGAGCGCGUUUUACCGUUAAUGGCGGCCAUCUUGAUUUUCAAAUGUACCGAGGGGGCGGGCGUCGAAGAUUAUAGCUUUAUUAUACUCGUCUCUUCCCAAACCCUUCCCCGCCCCCUGAGCCGACUUGAUACUCAUCCCCAGGUCAGACUCGGUAUAUUUGAAAUCAAGAUGGCUACCAUUAACGGUAAGACGCGCUCGAUCUCGACGAUCUCACGGAAAAAUAGGGGACUCCGCCCCUUCGUAUCUCUUCGUAUGUUCAUGUGUAUUGUAGGUAGUGAGAAUAUGUUACUGUUCCUCUAUAUCUCAUAAAACUGACGCUAUUGUUGUCCUUAUAGGUGUUAUGAUGGCUGCUAGGUCUCUUAUACAGUUGUUCCGUGCUGUGAAUCCCGCUCUUCUUCAUAAAAAAGACAGGGUGAGAAAACUCUUUUCGCUCGAGAUGUUUUCAAGAUGAAACUCUUUGGGUGCAGAGGGGGCGGGAAGGGGAUGAGGAGAAAAGGGAAGCUCCCCACCCCUAUGUCCCCUUUUUUAUAGAUGGUUUUAAUUGCUCUUUGUGGCUAAUUUACUUAAUUACAAUGUGCUAUUAAAUUUUUAGUACAAAAUAAACUUACCAGAUAAUUACAAAAUGUUUAAUUAGAGCCCGAGGUGUAGAGUUAACUGGGAAGUUUUCUGGUGGGCCCCACUGCUGUUAAGUUUCUAGUUUUAAUACAGGUAAAAAGUAUAUGCUAUGCUACUAAGAAACAGACUGUACAAACAAAGAAUAUAAUCAAUAAUAAUCAAUACAAACAAAGAAUGCCGAUUACUCUUUGCGCUGUUUAGUGAUGCGCUUUGUGACGCUUUCAGACUCGUCGUGAUAAUUUUGAAGCCACGCAUGUAGGUAGUUAGUUUACGAUAUUUUGUCCCUCUUUUAUAGGGCAAACCGACCGAGGAAAGCAAGACUUUUACUGUAAAACAGUAUGGUGAACUGAAGACGACUAACUUUGUGCCUGGAACAGAGGUAAAUUAUUGACCCCAAAAAGUUUCAGAAUUGUUUGUUUCCCCAUAUCAACAGUUUCUAGUGUCACUUGAAAAACGAACAAUGUAUUUAACGAAUAAAAAGUUAAUUUGUUAUUAGCAAGUAAUGUGAGCAAUAACCUUGACAAAGUUGCGUUAAACCAAUAUUACUAAAGUUAGUCUCUUCCGUGCAAACACACGACACGCGUUUGCAUGUGAUUGCAAGCGCGGAAAAGUGCGCGCACUCUCCUCGAAGUGUGUCAUGGCUCUAUGACAACAGUGUGGGAAGGUUUAAAAACCUGACUGAGUUUCUCCCACCAUAUACUUGUUUCGAUUCCUCUCCUCUCUCUUUUCCUUUUCUUUUUAACGAUGACGAUCGACUACGGUUAGUUCAAGUUCACUCCGCAAUGUAGAAUGAUAUACUUUCAGUACUGAUGCGUAAAACCUUGUCAUAGGUUCUUGAGGAAGGAAAUGAGGACGAGGACCUUGAUUCUAAAAUCGAAGCAAACAAUGGUAAUGAGAUUUACUUAUUUUACGUAGUCGUCAUUUGUCUCAGUGAAGUGCAAUGGAUUCAUUUCCCGUCAUGUUUAAAAACAACACGAGUGAAUUAGAUGCAAAUUUUUAUUUUCAUUCACGUUAUUCAUCUUCGCUUUCUUUUGACGGACAGUAAGUUUUCCCACUGUUUAUGACAGCCGCAAGUCUUGAUUAAAAAACUCCUCUUCUAAGAAAUCCUUUUAGCCCUGUAAGAACUCAAUUUGGGUAAUUUCAUCAACAGAUGAAUGGGAAAGUGAUGAUGAUGAUGACGAGGGUGAAUGGAUAGAUGUUCAUCACUCUUCAGAAGAGGAACAAAAGGUAUCAUUUACGCGCUCUCUUUAUUAGGAUGAUGAUUCGCCAUUUACACCAACAUUCAGACCCAGCAAACUAAUAUUUUAUCCGUUUCUAUCAUCAAAUUCGUCUUUUGCUUGGAUUUAUGGUUGUCUAUAUCAAUCAAAAGUGUUGAAAAUAUAAUAUUUGUGGCCUCUUACCUUAACUACUCAAGCCUUAACAGUGACUAACCAAUCCCAAUUUUCUCCUAACAGUUUCAGUACAUAAUCAAGAGAAAAGCUUGUGAGAAUUAAUGUAUUGGUCACCUAAGGGAAAAUGCUAUGAUCUAUAAACAAAUUGUUUCGACUAAUUCUUUAAAGAAAUGUAGUGAGAUUAGUGUAGAGAAUUUGCAUGUCGAUGUUGGGACUUAACGGUCCCGCGGGUUUCCGCGCUAACUAAUGUUGACUUAUUCAGACCGUUCAUCGGUUCCUAUAAUUCCAUAAGAUCAUCGGUCCCCCAAGUAGUUACCCUACAGGCGGCAUCGUGGGUGUAAAUAUACCGACUGGGGGAUGAGUAUCAAAUCUUAGUGAGGGUGUUUUGGGUGAGGGGGGGGGGGGGGGUGCUGUAGGGGUGGGAAGGAAGAUUUGAAACCAAAAGUGGCAGCCCGUAACUGUAAGAAUUCGAUCUCAACGAUUUUACGAGGAAAAGAGAGGACUGUAAACAGUCUUACUUAUUCACCGAUUUUUUAACCUAGUUUGAGCUCGUUCUUUACUGAACAUUUGGGCUUUUUCUUGGGUAGAUUGAAGAAGGUGAAAGUAACGAUGAGAAUGAAGAGGCAGAGGAAGAUUUGAACGCUAAAGCGGCGAGGAUAAGUCAGACCCGCGUAAGUUAAAAGUUUUAUUUCUCAUGGCAAAGUUAAACUGGCUCUCCAGUUACGGCAGCAUGGUGUUGGAUAUCCACCUCUCUUUAUCUGUACGGACGCUUUACUAGCCAGUAUCUAGUGUCUCUCUUGUGUCAACUGAACUAGAAAUUUUUGAGAAGUCACUGACAUGUAUAUGUUUUAAAAACUCCUAGAAGAAGCAAAGCCGCCGAUCGUAAAUGAACAGUGUGUAGUUUAUAACUUCCAAUGUGACCUCUGUGAUGCAGGAUAUGUAGGUUACAUACGCGAACAUUUGCACAAUCGUGUCAAAGGACAUAAACAACAGUCCUCCGCCAUUGCCAAACAUUACAAGAACGUGCACGGGGCGAUCCCUCAGGACCUGCUGAAACGUUUUGAAGUGCUUAAGAAAUGCAGGAACAAAUUUGGCUGUUUAGUGUACGAAAUGCUUUUCAUAAGAAGCUUAAAACCAAAUCUCAACGUGCAAUGAGACUAUUCGUGCGAAAGUAUUUUCGUAAUCUUCGCACCCUGUUACGUUAAUUUUCGCGCCACGUCGCUUUAAAUGCUGUAAUUUGCAUGAUCAAAAACAUUUUUCCUUUGAUAAUGGAGUUAUGACUACUCCGAAACGUCGGAUUUUAUCGUUCGUUUUUACCGUUUUAUGACAUGUAUAUGAUUAAGAAUCACUGUAUAUCAGUUAAAAACGUUAUCCACCAUACUGACUGUGCUUAUUUGUUUCAGUUUCUUACAGAUGAGGAUUUCAAAAAGAUUCGGCUACGAGAAGCGGUUCGUCAGAUUGACCCUAAAGCUGGAAAGAAGCGAAAAAGAGGUGCUGAUCAUACAGAACCCUCGGAAAGGUCUGUACUUUUACUCUCAGUCUCGUAUAGAAAAUCCAAUAUUCUUGUUACUUGACUGGCUAAUCUGUAAGUUUGGACAAAACUUGUUGGAACGCGUCCUUUGUUCCCCUGCCUCUUCCCUCACAAAGCUUAAAUCUCUACUGUGUAUUGUGAAGCGUGCCUUUAAACAAAGUGUAUAUGGCGAUGUAUGGGAUGUGGGUGUUAAGUUACAGUUUGUGUGUGUUGUGUUGAGAAGAGGAGGUAUGCAAAACUCCCAGCAAUGAUUUGCUUCCCUAGGCCAUUGUUCUGAUCGACUUAAUCUUUCUUGGAGAUUUAGGAGACUUGUGUUUACCGUUUGUGUGUGUGUUGUGUUGAGAAGGGGAAGUAGAGGGGAGAUUUUAGUGAGAGAUUUGUGUACUGUGCCGGGGGGGGGGUUGGGGGUAAGGUUUAGCUUACUUUUUGCGGUAAUUGUUGCAUUGUAAAGCAAUGUUUAGUACUUCUUUACGGUAGGGAACGUUAGAUAUAUUCUAGAAACUACAAUUCAGAUAGAUUGAAUACAAGUCUUUUUAGCGGAUUUCCUAUGGAAGAAUACUUCUACCACAAAUCUUGUCAUUCUACAGACUUUUUCAAAUUUCUUUUUCUUCGUGUAUUUAUUAUAUUUAUCACUAGUGUUGUUAUUACUAUUAUUAUUAAUUCACUUUUUAAUAGGGGGGAGCUAAUAUCUCUAAGAGACAUUGAAAACAUUCACAAGAAGAGAAGACAUGACAAGGAAUCACGAUUGGAGACUGUACUUGUGAGUAUAUUGGCUUCUGUAUUCUGCUAAGUUGAGACGAGUAGAGCUGCACCGAGUGUACAGGGUGAAAUGUCCCUAACUAGAAUACACCCUGGACCAGCCCGCCCCCCGCACACCAGCUACUUCGGCACCACAUUCACCCCUCCCCAAGUCAAGGUUGGCCCAUUUCGGCCUUUGCGCCUCCAUCCUUGAUUUGGAUUGGGGUUGGAAAGAUUGCGUUUUCUUUGUACUUACUGCAAUCUUGGACAAAGUAGACGGAAAACUAAGACCUCUCCUACCCUCAAGUCAAAGGUCAGUGGGAAAGUGGUGUGUUUUGGCCUUUGCAAGACUUACUCAUUAGUUUUUGGGGAAAAGGGGGGAUUACCUUUUCUUUUCCUUUCCUGUCCAAAAUUGUAGCUCUGAGCGGGAGAUCAUCUGGCCCACUACUAACUGCCCUCUCGGUUAUAAUAAUACAGUAAACUUUCUCCGAGAGAGACAACUUCGAACUUAGUUUGACCGUGUUACCAUGAAUUUUGUUUUAGCGGGUAUCGUGUCCAGCUCUAAAUCGUAGACCGGAAACUUUGUCCGAGCGGGACAACCUCCGGACUAGCGGGACUAGCUCUAGCUCUCCGCCUUGCUUGGUUACAGUGAACUUAGUCAGAGCGGGACACACGCAAGACCAGCUUAAAGACGUAAUCCUGGGAGUCAUGUGCAACAUAUAUAGAGCGGUUUUCAUUUGACUGUCGAAAAGUAAUUGGUUUUGCACUUUUUACACGAUGCGAUUGGCUUAAAAGAUUCGCGCCACCUUUUCAUCCAAUCAGAAGUAAAACCAAAGCCAAUUGUGACGCGCUCGCAUGCAUUUUCCCGCGCUUAUUUGCGUCAGCCACAUGUAAUUACUUCGAGUUUUGAUUGGUUCAAUGUAUUGUCUGUGUCCUAUGUGAUUGGCCAGAGUAAUUACUUUGGUUUUGGUUUUACGACACUCAAACGAAAACCACUCUAUCUUGACACGAAUGUCUCACGACCACACACACAGGGCACCCACACAAACAGAGGAAGGCUACCUUUCUUAUUUGUUGACUUCAUUUUAAUUUGAUAGUUCAUUCAUUUUCAGUCGAAACGGAAGUCCUUCUGUUAUCUUGCCCAGGUUUUUUUGUAUUAGAGUUUAUGCACAGACAAAACAGUGAAAUUAUCAAAUCAUGACCAUACAGCCACUGAUGUUCAACUUCGAGGAGGACUGUAGCCACAAUAAAGGUCGGUCAUUUUAACGACGCCCAAGUUCAGUAAACCGCUAAAUUUGCUAUUAGGCGGUUUAUUUAAGGAAAUUUUUUUAGCGUUCACUAUGCCUCAUAGACGUUUAUCACUAUAAUAGAAACAAUGUUUGAUGUUCGGAUUGGAGAAAUAUUAAAAACGACUUUGAGCGCACUCUUUUUGGCAAUGGCUAAACGUCGGGUUCUUGUAACCGACCCUAAAUUUCCAGAGAACGGUAAAGAACAACUCCAAGAUUUUUUUUCAAUACAAAUGGGGCCAUCAAAAAAUUAUGGGAAACGGGGGAUAUUCCCUGCCAAGGGUAAAAAGGCCUGUAAGGUUUAUUCACAACUCUCAUUCGUACACCAAAUUGCGUAUUAUUGGUUUGUUUGUUUGUUUGUUUGUCUCUUAAGUCACGCUUCAAACUUUAUCUCUCCCUUUAACGGUUUGAUGUGUUUACAAGGCAUGCACAAAAUCAUGCACUGUAAUAUAACUCUUGAUCCGUAAAUGUCCCCUUUUUGACGUAGGCAGGCGCAUUACACCUUACGCCGACUUUUUGUCUCCCCUCUGAUGCGUGACGAUGCCAACUGGAAUAACAUCACGUCCAUAGGUAGCCCGCAUGCACCUGACCGGGAACAUUCUGAGACCUUCUUAUCAGUGCAAAGUUGCCAACGGAAAUCACUUUCAUGUAACUUUUCAUGUAUCGCCCAUUCUUGUUUAUAUUACAACCCGCUUUCGAUAAUAUCUUAAAAGGGAAAUUCAUCAACCAUACUAAUAACUUCCUUUUUGAGACGACAAAUACUUCACGCAUGUUGGUCUUUCGUGAAAAACGCGCGUGAAUGCGCGCGGGAUCCACACGCGUUUUAUCCGUACACUUAUUAGGGGGAAAGUUAACAGCGAGCAAAUUGCAUUUUGCUGGAGUUGCAGGCCUCAUGUACCGUUACGUUCUCAGUAAUCCUUUUUUAGGCAGUUUUGUGGAGCAAAAUGCAGUCACGUUGACAGGAACACGGUUUGUCUUCCCCUGUCGCUACAAAGGAAGUCAUUUGAAGUAAACACUUGUCAGUUACGUAAUGAUCCGUUUUUAGCCUCACAACAUUAAUUACGUGACAUUGCGUGCGAGUCUCGCGUUUAACACGCAACCUUUGCGGUGAGGUUUUUGGUUUGAAUUGUAACAACAGCACUCCUUUGAAAUCUGAAAUCGAAGAUUACUGACCAGAAACAUCGUCCUGCGUUUAAGCAAAUUGGAUGAUCAAGUUUAAAAGCAUUUAUGGAUUAGUUUAUUGUAAUUGUUGAUUUGCUAGGUAAAAAUAUUUCCGCUUUACAGGAUAUGGUAUCCGAGGAACUUUCGACUCGCGCCGUCCGUGACUUCAGUCAAAACAUUUUUGCGUCCAGUGAAUGUUUUUACUUUGGCAUCUUCACUUUUGUUAUAUCGCUUCCAUGUUUCACGAAGGUUUGUUAUCGACAAGGAAGGUACCUCGAUAGGAAUUGCCUAGAACUGAGACUGAUUUAAGGAUCUCUGGGGUCUAAGCCCUCCUAUUGAAAGUCAUUCUGUCAACAGGGAUCAGGAAAUAGCUAGCCAGCACGCACGCACCUCGCGAAAUCUUCUUAUCUUUUCCAAGAUCAUGGGGUUUUAAAGACACUCCCGAAACCUAAGAUAGCUGCAAAGCGAGUUAGGUCAUGAAAUUCCAACGUCAACUCGUUGAUCUUUAUGACAAGAAUUUAAUGUAGUCUCAAAGAGAGAAGAGAUACUUCAGUGAUUGAGUGAAUUUUGCGAUGAAUAUUGGUUUCAAAACUCUAAUUAAAAAGCAACCGAGCUUAUCAGAUCUUACAAAGCUAAGCGGAUUCCGUUGACUGCGUUGGGUCGGCUCAACCUGUUUGUUGUCGGGCGCGUCCGUGUUUAAUUUACCUAUCCUGUCUCUUUUUAGCCUCAAGCCGUCUUUUGAUGCUCAAAUCCGUUAUUUCUGUUAUCAGGGAUUUUCCAAAGCAGCCAAAGGUUGUAAAGAAUACCCUUACAGUAGCGAUGUAAUCAGUUCUGCUUUGGCAUGCAAUUUUUUAUUGACGAGGUUCAAAUGUAAACCCACAACUUUACCAAAGGUUUGGGUGCAAAAUGUGCAUUUUUGAUGAAUUAACCCUUUUAAGUAAGUUUGUCUUUUGAGUUUUCUCUCAAAAUUAUGAGGCCUCAUCCAUCUAAUCCCCCCUGCUUAAAACCGAAGACAAACCGUAUUUCCAAAAAUCUAAACAACUGACAGCUUUAGACACUGCCAGAUCAAAAUGUCUAGUUUAUAUAAGAAGAGAAUUGUAAGCUACUUCAUCAAAGUACAAAGACUUGGUUUGCGAUGUACAGAGUUUGAAAAUAUGGUACUAGACAUAUCGUUUCGUCUUCUGGUUGGCAGUUUCCGUAAACAAGUUAGGUCGCAGAUAUUAACCCUUCCACUCCUAAGCUUGAGGUAGUCCGUGUACGAAAUCCUGUGUUGUGACCAUUCAAAUGAAAUAGUUUUGGUAAUACGUCCACACGAUGUUAUUUAUGACUGUACACUUGAGUCUGUGGACGAAGUUACAUAAGCUAAAGGAGUACUUUUCUGUGCUCAAGCAUUACCGUCUUUUUUAUUGCCGAAGAAUGCUUUCCUUUAGUAAAGCAGUAGUUCAAUUUUAUCCUUGGAUUUUAUUUCCCUUUGUUUUGGGGUAUGGUGGUGUAUGAUAAUAAGUUUAAAACAAAGGGAAAUAUAGUUUAAACCAAGGAUAAAAUUGAACCACAAUAAUUACAACUCAAACGCGAGCGCCGAUUUUAACGAGGCUCCAGAAAGGCGAGGGGGAGAGAGUGAUCGUACAAAAUCCCUCCAGUGUAUCAUUCAAAGUUUGCCUCGAGCUCCAGCCCAAGCGAGUCGAAUUUUUAUUUGAAAGGAGCGUGACCGAGCGGUUAGAGCGCUGGACUUGUAAUCCGGAGGUUCCGAGUUCAAGUUCCACCCUGACCAUGGACUGGAUUUGUUUCCAGUAGUCACGAGUUCGACAGAACAAAUUGCCAGCUACAGGCACUCCGCGCAGGCUAGACCUCUCGAAUCCUCAGUCACGCUUGUAAAUAGCCAACUCAUGUGGUUUGCCUCCGGCCUUUUGAAAAUCUUACUUGUCGUGUUUAUUGAAUCGAAACUAUUUGUUCCUGUCCUUUUUUUUCUUAUUUGUAGACCACGAUGUAAACUGCUAAGUUACCAGUCAUUUUGUUAUCCCCUUCAAGUCAAUUUGUAUCCAUUUAUAUACUCAAAAAUUGGCCCAGUUCUUACUUUACUCCUAAUGGUACACUUUAACGUGCAAAGUUGUGAAUGAAAUCAACUAUAAAAAGUCCAAAGACAGUUUUGAGUUUUUGCACUGUUUUCAAGAUAGCGUGCGACCUCACACAAGUCUUCCUUGCGGAAUUUGACCUGUCGAGACAAUUUAUUUCCUCUCUCCUCUUCGUCCCGUCUGUUUGGCAGUUUUUUCUCGAUAUUGAUCACCUGUUGAGUAAAAUCAUUUAAGUUGCGUGUGUAUUGCUUUGAGUACCCAGAGACUAUGGAAAUCGAAUGCCCUCAGACCACGUAAGAGCAUCGAGUAGGUCUUCAUAUCAAAACAAAGCAAACGCUUGUGUGAUAUAGUGUUCCGGCCAGUCAGUGUCUCAUGAACUUUUUUUUAUAAAUAGCAUGACAAGCGCAAACCAGUUGUCUAAUUUGCGUCAACAGGCGAUUAAGUAACGAAAUGCUGGCGUGUGUUUAAUAUAGGGUCUAUUCGCAAGUUAAAAAAUAUGUUUCACUUUCCUCUCUUUGGCCCCAUUGCAAGGGCAAAUGAAGAUAAAUAAGUGGGAGUUUUUUCGCUAUUCGUUUCCUUUAUUUCCAAGGAUUUUUUGGAGCUCUAUUUGUUUUUAUUCUGAUUGAUAAUUCCGGCACCUACGGCCCAGUUAACGUCCAUACCCUUGCGUGAUUGUCCUUUGCAUAAAACUUUGCACUUUAUUUUAAGUGAGUGCAUGCAUGCAGCCAUGCCCUGGGGCUCUGUUGUUCUCACGCGUUCUCACGCCAUGUGGUUGUCUGCUUUCGAGUCAUGGGAUAUUACUGUGUCAUGUUUUCCUUUUGAGAGUAAAGCUAUCUUCUUUUGGUUUCGUGUUAUCGCACCAGAUUACUCUUGUCUUGUACCUGUGGAACAAAUUGUAAAACCGGGUUUUUUUGCUUUGAACUGUUGAGCAGCCUUCCAUACGUGGUUUAUGGAACAGUAUUUUUAAUGGCACUGCCUUCAAGUCUCGCAUUUUUUAUCCCGGCCCUAGUGUUGAGUUUCGGAGUCACAGUAACUGAUGAAUUUGCAUUUUGUCUUGUUUAACCUUGCUUAUCAAAAAGAUCGCCCGAAUACCCAACAUAAGCCUGUCUUAUUUCUGGGGACAGACCGAGUUACUAUUUUGCGUGCUAAAAGUUUAAUUUUGAACAUAUUUAUUGUAUUGGCCUCGACACUAAAAUCUCGUUCUCAGCUAGCUAUUGUAGUUCUUACGUAAUUGCCCAGUAUGUGUGUAGUGAAAGUAAUUUGUGGCUGCAGAUAUUUGGCUCAGGUAAUAAUUUCCUGCAGUAGAAAAGACUACAUAAUAACAUGAAAAUGACGUAGGUUUAGACGUAAUUACUUCUAUAACUCACUACUAAAAGGGCAAUACUGUAGAAAACGUCACGACACUUUGAUUUCCCUGGCGUCUUUCCUUCUUUUUGUAAGUUGAAUUCUUUCCUGGUUAAAUCAUAAACAACAACAACAACAACAACAAACGUGGAUUGUAAAAAAAGUUAAUUCCUGUUGUUACUGUAAACGUAUUACUUGGAAUUGUUUUGCCUAGACAUUUAGAGCCGCCUUAAAACCCCCUAAAAACCGAGCAAAUCACUUCCACAAGCGAAAGUGUAGACAUUGUUUGUUAUUGAACUAAGAAAAAAGACUAAAGAUGCCAAAAGUGAUUGUGAUUUGGUACAGUCUUUCGGUGGCGACACUGUGAUUUGCGUAGUUUGCGAAUCAGAAGAAAAACUGCCUCGCUGACUGAGUCUCUCUUUACAGUGUCGCCACUUAAAGACUAUACCACUUUCAAGCGCACAGUACCUUGCCCCCUUCCGCUACAGUGGGUCCCCAAUUUGCACGUAAAACCAUAAAUUUUACAUUGCUGUAAAUGCAAAUGGUAGUAUACGAACGGUCUCCCCUGUUUUCGUCCAGGGACCCAAAACUGAGUCACAGACGACUCCAAGUCAUUCCAGAACUGUAGCUAACUGUAGCAGCUGCUCGUAAGGUUUCUCCUCAUUUGUCGCAGAAAACAAUAACACAGCAUUGCUCAUCAAUAUUUCCGUCGUUUUACGGUCAGGGUUGCAGACCAAUUGGCUUGUGAGGUUAGGAAAGCUGGUACACGCCUUGUUAUUCGUACCACUCCCAGUUGUUGCCUUUAAGACACAGCCUCUUAUAUCUUGCCAGGCUGGUAGACAAGACAGAGAAAAGUUUAGCUCAAAGAAAGCAACAAAGAAACGGAUUAAUGAAUUUGCCAGUUCCACGAAUAAGGUAAGUAAAGUUCUUGCUUUCAACAGAGGAUUGGUAUUAGUUAAUGAAGGAAAUUUUCUUGCGCUUCUGAAGGCUAGCACCUUAACUUGUCACCAUGACGGUGAAUAUAUAUUGUUGUGCUUGAUUGUUUAUUCUUUCUUGUUUGUUGACUUGUUGUUCACCUUGAACCGCUCUCUUAUCAUGAAACUUUAACCAAAAAGACAUGUGCAGGAACACUUCUUGACGAAAGCGCAAUGGAAGGUAUUAGCUAACACACAGAAGUGCUUAGUACGGUAGUAUAGUUUAUCGAUACUCGUCAUUUGGGCUUUUGUUUGCGCUAUUGUUAGUAAGUUAACAAAAUAACUGAAAAGAUUCGUCAAGUAACAUAAUGUGUUCCUCACGUAUAUACGGUAACUAAGCAGAGAAAAUAUGUAAACUAAGUGUAGUUUUGAUUUAUUCAUCUAUUGGUUAAGCAGACUUUUAAGCAGACUUUUAGAAACUUUUCUCAAGGAGGGGGAGGGGCAUGCAGGGAAAAGGAGCAAUAGGCAGCAGACUCUUUUACUGAACUUUGAUUGUUUGAUUGAUCGAUCGAUCGAUCAAUUGAUUGAUUGAUUGAUGAAGAUGCAGGUUUGUAACCUCCUCAAUUACUUUUCACUUAAUUUCACUUUUGUAUGACAAGCAACGUUCUUCUUGUAGGAGAAAAGAAGGAAGAAGAACUUUAUGAUGAUGCGACAUAAUAGAGAUGUUAGGGGCAAAAAUAAACGUUCAUUCCGAGACAAACAGGUUAGUGCCCUUAGCUUCCGUUAUAUUUAG